AUGAACAAGCUGGCCAACGUGCGUCACUGGUCCGAAAGGAUGAGCCCAAACUUCGGGAUGGGUCGUCCCAACAUGCCUAUGAAUGCUCUAAACCCGCACCAAAAGAACGCUACCCAGACCUUGGGCCCGAUCAACUCACCACAGGCUGCCGACGCCUCCAUUCACUACUCGUUUAACGUGCCCUUCGCCUCCGACCUUGCGGGCCCCAACACCGAGGACAUUGUCCAUGCCACCACCGAUGCCGUCCUUCGCUGGACGCACCCUGCCGAUGCUCCCGACGAUGUGCAAGUCCACGAGUUGCCGGUCCAUACCCAGAAUUUAGCCAACCUUGGAAGACUAUGCCGAGAUUUGUCUGUUGGGCCACUGCCCAUUGAGGCUCACAUCAUCUCUUCCUCUCCCAAGAAUGGCAGAGGCCAAGUUACCACGGUUUGCUUGUCCGGCUCCCCCGAGCUGGUUCACAAGAGUCGGGAGACCAUCUUGAACGAGAUCCCCAUCUCCAUGCGAUGCACGACAAUCGAUAUCGACGGAAACCUGGUUUGUGAUAUCAAUGCCGGCGUGCUCAAAAAACCCGUUGUAGAAACAUUGGAUUAUAUCUCUACAUUCUGUGGUGUGGAUAUCUUCUUGUUAGGGCCCAAGUUGACUCCCAUGGUUGACGGUGUGACGGGUGACUCGGAGCUGCGCAUCGACCAGCGAUGGAGAGUUGCCAUUUACGGUGACAUUCUCUCGUCAGAGCAUGCCAAGGCUCGUGUCCUGAUUCACAUUGAUACUUUGCUUGGCCGCAUGUUCGAUGGCACGAAAAUUGAGCUGUCCUUCCACCAACUCGUUUGUGGCCGCCAUAGAAAGAACAUCAAAUUGAUCGAGUCAUCUACCGGUACAGCUAUCUAUUUUCCACCCCUGUUCUCGCAGAUGUACCGCUACUGUCCACAAAACGCUACUCGCCGCGACCCUACCGACAUCUUCAUCACGGGCGAAACGCCUCAGGCGAUCGAACUUGCCAAGCAGAAGCUGCAUGAGACUGUCUCUAGAAUCCGGAUUUAUAUGAAAGACGUUAACAUCCCCGCUGCCAAGAUUGAUAGUAUCCUUCUUGGACGUCUUGAUAAGGUCCGCAAGAUUCUUGAGGCCAAUGGAACGUACAUCAUGUUUCCCCCUCUGGCCUCCCAACGAACUAUGGUCCGAGUUCAGGGAAGUGAGAGCCUACCCGUUGAACGCACGGUUCGCGAGCUCAUGUCGCUAGCUGGUCAAUUUUACGGUGCUGGGUGGUACAUGCAGCAGCCCGAGGUCAGGCAGCCGCUCGCACCUGCUGAGAUACGAACUAUGCUGUCGAAUAUUUGUGCCAAAGCGGAGGCGGACUUAUCUUAUGACAGGAUGAGCCUCACUGUCACGGGAUCUGACGAUGCGGUAAAGUCUGCCUUGACUGUCAUUUCUGACCUCAAGUUUGUUACCCAAUCGCAGUACCAGAUCCGUGUCAAGAUCGAGCUCGCCAACGAGCACAAGGAAUUUGUCAGCGGCAAGAAGAACGGCAAGAUCAAUAAGAUCAUGGGCCAGAGCAAUGUGCAAAUUAUUUUUGAUGGGUUCAACGAGUACAACUUCAACAUUGAUGUCAUGGCAGCCAGUUACGAUUCAAUGAAGCAAGGGCUGACUUUGGUUGAACAAGAAAUGCCGGCCUCUAUCUCUUUUCAUGUCCCCGAUCAGUACCACAAGCGGAUUAUCGGCAUUGGUGGUCAGCAUAUUCAACGCAUCAUGAAGAAGCAUUCUGUCUUUGUCAAGUUUUCCAAUGCAAUGGACAGAGGCGGCAUGGGGCGUGAGGAAGACGACAUUAAGGUUGACAAUGUCAUCUGCCGUACCCCGGCCCGCAAUGCCCAGAAUUUAGACGCCGUAAAGAACGAGAUUUUGGAGAUGGUGGAUCGUGCGGACUCCGAGUACACCACUCAAAUCGCCAGCGUAGACCGCCUUUACCACCGGGAAUUGAUCGCACGUCUUCCUGAAAUCGACGAGCUGGAGCAAAAGUACAAUUGUAAAAUCAACUUUCCUAGUACCGAAGAAGCCAGUGACGAAGUCACGGUUACUGGCCCUCAAUGGCAGGUCCCUCACUGCGUGGACGAGCUUUUGGGCAUGGUCCCUGACAAGCAUGAAUUGGUACUCGCUCGCACAGCCGAGCUAGUCAAGUUCUUGGACUCACCCAAGUUCGCCGCCGACCUGGUAUCGAAGCUCAAAGCCCAGUACGAAGUGGAGGUUACAGUUCACCAUAACCCAGAUGAGCUGACUGAAGAAGGCUCUCCGACUGUUACUCUAAUCUGGGGCUUCACGCGCAAUAAUGCAGGUGGGCUCCGCGAUGCCAUCGAUUUUCUAGAAGCUCAAAUGGCUGCUGCCACAGUUGAGACGAACAUUGUCAAGGGAUCCAUCCCACGGCCCAAGUCGGAUUCCUUUGAAGAUUCUUUGCAGUACUUUGAUUCCAAGCUUCUCCAGCAUGCUCCUGCUUCGUCUUCCAGUGAUUCGCCCGUCAAGGCUGGCUUUGGUGCUGAGGUUGCCCGUGAGCGAAGCAGCAUCCUGGACCGCCUCCGCAAGCCUGGCAGCAUGUCAUCUAUUUCUUCGUUUCUUGACCGCAGAAAGAACAGCUCUCACUCGAUGAACAGCACCUUCUUCAAAGGAUCCAGCAACGUCUCCAAGUCGUCCUUGAUCUCAAUUGAGUCGACGCGAAGCUUUAACGCUGACCGAAACCCCUGGAACGACAGCGGAGUCAACCUGUCUGAGGACGAGAAUCCUUGGGCACCACGGCCGUUCAGCAAACACAUGGACAACAAGUUGACCAUCCCCCUUCCCGGCGACGUUACCCCUCGCCACAAUCCCCGCGCGUCUGGAGACAGCGGUCGUCCAUCUACUUCUCAUUCCAUGAAUUCAGGAUACCCUGUCCCUAUUGGGCCUUUCCGUUAG